AAAAAAAAAAAAAAAAAAAAAUAUUUUUCUGUGUUUCAUUUAAUUGAUUGAUUAAUUAUAAUCAAUAUAUAAGGCGUUUUUUCUUCCAACUUCAUAUAACUAUAUAUCACCGGCAUUUUUUUUCGCAUUCUUCCAUCAUCACCAUCAUUAUCAUCAUAAUAACUUAGAAGAAAUAUUGGUUGCCGGCUUAUGACAAAAACAACGUGGUAUCGAUCAUACCAUUCAUAUUUUUCGAUACUAUUGUUUUAAACUAAUUUUUAACUAAUUAAAUCAAGGAAAUUUUUUUCAAUCAUUAGAGUCAUUUUUGACAAUUUGUUAAUUUAAUAAAUACAAGCGUCAUAAUAGAAUAGAAUAGAUUUUAUCGGUUUUUUGUUCGAAUUCAACAAAAACUUUACGAACAAUGACUAUUCUUCAGAUUCUUGAGAAAGCCAUCUCUCAAGACCAAAAUGAAAUUCGACAAGCUUAUGAUUUGUUGGAACAAUUUUGUCGCUCAAAUUUGCCCGAAUAUCUCAAAUCAUUAUCAGAAGUUUUGGUCAAUAAAAAAAUCAAUGGCUAUGUUCGUAUGUUGGCCGGUCUUCAACUCAAAAAUCAGCUAACAUCAAAAGAUGAAACAGAAAGAACACGUCUACAGCAACAAUGGUUAUCGUUACCAAAAGAAUGUCGUGAUCAGAUUAAAAUUAAUGUCAUCAAUAGUCUUGGCACCGAAACUGGUCGUCCAUCAGCAUCAUCACAAUGUGUUGCAUACAUAGCCGCCAUUGAAUUGAUGCACAAUUUUUGGCCAGAUUUGAUCAAAUUAUUAACAGAUAAUGCAACUAGACCAGAUGUUGAUGAACAAAAAAAAGUUGCUACAUUGGAAGCAAUCGGUUAUAUUCGUCAAGAGGUUAAUCCUUCAUUAUUAGUGGGACAAUCGAAUGAAAUGUUGACGGCUAUUGUAAAUAAUAUGCGUAAAGAUGAACCAUCCAAUGCCGUUAAAUUGACCGCCACAACUGCUUUGUUGAAUUCGUUGGAUUAUAUUAAAGCAAAUUUUGAUACAGAAAAUGAAAGACAUUAUAUAAUGCAAGUGGUUUGUGAAGCAACACAAUGUCAGGAUCCCAAUGUUCAGGUGGCCGCAUUACAAUGUUUGGUGAAAAUAAUGUCAUUAUUCUAUCAACAUAUGGAACACUAUAUGCGUGUGGCAUUGUUUCCAAUCACAAUGCAAGCAAUUAAAAGUUCACAUCCCAAUAUUUGCUUACAAGGUAUCGAAUUUUGGUCGAAUGUAUGCGAAGAAGAGAUUGAAUUACAAUAUGAAGCAAUUGAUGCCCAAGAACAAGGUCGUCCACCACAACGCACAUCCAAAUUUUAUGCAAAAGGUGCACUACAAUUUCUGCUUCCAUUUAUAUUUAAAUUAUUAACACAACAAGAAGAAGAUUCAGAUGAAGAUGAAUGGAAUCCAUGUAAAGCAGCAUCAGUCUGUUUAGCAUUGUUAGCUAAUUGUACUGGCGAUGAUAUUCCACAGUUUGUAUUGCCUUUUAUUGUAUCAAAUAUCGGCAGUCCUGAUUGGCAUCAUCGUGAAGCAGCCAUGAUGGCUUUAGGUUCAAUACUGGAAGGCCCAUCACAGAUUCAAUUAAUACCAAUUGUAACGGAAGCAUUACCUACGGUUAUAAAUUUUACUCGAGACGAUUCUGUCUGUGUUCGUGACACUACCAUGUGGGUGCUAUCAGUCAUUUGUCAACAAGUGUCCGAAGUAAUUUUCAAGCCCGAUAUACUAAAAUUAGUUGUGGAUGUCUUGAUCAAAAGUCUUGAAUCUGAACCACGUGUUGCAGUUCAUUCAUGUUUGGCAUUCAAUUCAUUAUCGGAAAGUGCCAAUGAUAUUGCAUGUAAUGCAGAAGGUGUGGAUGAAAAUCCACGAUCAAAUGCAUUGUCUGAAUAUUUUCAAUAUAUCAUAAAUCAUUUACUUCAAUGUACCGAAAGACCGGAUGCUUUGAUGAACAAUCUACGUUCAUCGGCAUACGAAGCCAUAAUGGAAAUGAUUAGAAAUAGUCCACAAAAUUGUUAUGAAAUUGUACGGCAAACAACAAUGAUCAUUUUGGAUCGUCUAAAUCGUUCGUUUGUUUCUUUGGAGAAUACGGGAAACAUGGAUCAAAAUCUAUUGGAAUUACAAUCGUUACUUUGUUCGGCACUACAAUCUGUGUUACGAAAAAUGAUUCCUGAAGAUGGUCCUAAAAUAUCCGAUGCUAUCAUGACUGCAAUGAUCCAUAUUCUUGGAUUUAGUUCAAAAACUGGUAAUGUAAGUGAAGAUGCAUUGCUUGUGGCAGGUACAUUGGCCGAAGUUUUGGAAAAAGGAUUUUUAAAUUAUUUGCCAACUUUUAAAAAUUAUCUAUUCCUCGGUUUGAAAAGCUAUCAGAAUUCUCAGCUUUGCUCGAUUUCCAUUGGUAUCGUUUCGGAUCUAUGUCAUUCGUUAAAAAAUGACAUUGCUCAAUUCUCCGAUGAAUUGAUUGUUGUUUUAACCGAAGUUCUUCAAAGUAAUCUGAUUCCAAAAGUUAAAUCUGAAGUAUUGAAAGUUUUCGGUGACAUUGCUUUGGCGAUUGGAUUUAAAUUCGAAAAAUAUUUGAAUCAUGUCUUACAAACAUUGGUCGAUGCGGUCAACACAAGCGUUCAACAAAUGCCAAAAGCAAAUUCUUGUAAUCAUGUCAAUUAUGAGCUUGUAGAUUAUCUGAACGAUCUUUGGGAUUCCAUUCUACUUGCCUAUACUGGCAUUGUACAAGCAUUAAAAGGCGAUGAAGAACGACCAAAUCCUAAAUGUAUUCAAGUUUUACAGCCACAUAUUCUGCUCAUCAAUCAAUUUUUAAUGACACUUGCAAGUCGAUGGGAAGAAUUACCUGAUAGCAUUAUAUCAUCGGCUGCCGGUUUAAUUGGCGAUUUAGCCAAUGUAUUUGGUGCCGAUAUGUUAACAUUAUGUGAAUUGCCUCAAGUACAGCAAAUGCUUGCUCGUGGUAAACGUUCAAAAUCGAAUAAAGUUCGUAGCACCAUUGCCUUUGCUUUGCGUGAAAUUAAACGUGUCAAAUCACAAUUAACAACUUUACAACAAAGUGGCCAACAAACAUUGAAUCCAACGGAACAGCAAAUGUUUGGAAAUGCUCAGAUUCAACAUAAUACAGCUACCGCUUCCUGAAUGAUGAAAUUAUGACAUUUGAUCGAUCAAUUCCGAAUAAAUAUCUCAAUCCAUAUCCUUAUAUUAAUAAUCAAUCAUACUGCAUGUUGGCAACAAAAUUUAUCUGUCUUUUAACAACAAUGAAACAACAUCAUUGAUGGCAAUAAUGAAAGAAAAAAUCUCAUCAAUCAACAUUGUCAAAAAAAAAAAAAAGUUUGAUUACAACAAUAUGAUACAAGUGAAUUGAUUAUAAAAUCUAUCAAAAUACAUGAAACAUUUACAAAGAAAUUGUUAUAAACAUUUAUACAAAAAUUAAUUAAUACAAUUUAAACAUGCACACACACACACAUAUAUAUACAGGCAUACAUUUGAUGAAUACUGAUGAAACAACAACAACAACAAUAACAGAAAAACAAUGACAUUGAAAUUACAACACCCCCUCCCACAUAAUUAAUUACACCACAUUUAAAUUUUAAUCAUACCUUUGUUAAUUCAUAAACGAUGAAUUAAUAAAGGUAUGUAUAAUUGUGUGAGUGUUAGUGUGAGAGUGAGAGAGAGAGAGAGAGAGAUAAUUAGAAUAUAAAUUGUAUGUGAGAUUUAUCUGUAUGUUUGUGUGCUUGUGUGUGAGUGUGAGUGAGUGUGAUAUAUUACCAUAAAAAAAAAUUUCAAAUAAUGAUAUGAAAGCUGCCAAUUUUUUUUGCAUAUAAAAAAAACAGAAUUCAAAAAAUUCUUUAAUCAUUGUGCCAGAUUGACAGAAUGAGAGUGAUGUGUGUGUGUGUGAGAGAGAGAGA